CUGUCCUUCAGCAGAUGCAGAGCACGGGAGAUGAAGUUCCUCCUGCCAGCUGCACUCACCCUGCUCCUCCUCUGUGCCCCAGGCACAGGGGUGCGUGAAUUUACCUCUGUCCUCACCGUGCCCAACGGAGGCCACUGGGGCAAGUGGGGCAGCCGGCAGUUCUGCCAUCAUGGCUAUGCCAAUGGAUUUGCGCUGAAGGUGGAGCCCGACCAGUUUGGAAGAGAUGACACUGCUCUGAAUGGCAUACGCCUGCACUGUCAGGAUGACUCAAUAACCAUUGAGUCCUUGGUGGGAGAGUGGGGUUCCUGGACCGGAUUCCAAGUUUGCCCUGGAGGCUACCUGAUCUCCUUUUCACUGAGAACAGAGAAGUCCCAAAGAGCAGGUGAUGACACAGCAGCCAACAACAUCCAGUUCAGAUGCUCAGAUGAAGCUGUGCUGGUAGGUGAUGGACUGUCAUGGGGCAGCUUUGGCCCAUGGACCAACAGCUGCAAGAUAUGUGGUCUCCAGACCAGGGUAGAGCCCCCACAGGGACUUCAGGACGACACAGCACUCAACAAUGUGAAGUUCUUCUGCUGCAAAUGAGCACUUGCUCCACCUUCAUCAUUGCCUGCACAUCCCAUAUCCCACAUCAAGUGAAGUAUCAGUAAAGCUUUGAUCUAGCUUUGUCCUGGGACAUGCCUGUGAUGUUUUGACUGCCUGCAUCUUGCUGGCCAAUGCCUUAGAUGAUGAUGUCUUUUACAGCUACUGCUGUGUUAGCAUAGCCAAAUCAUUGCAUCAUGUACUGCUGGUAUGCUGCUGUGAAAAUGCUCAGUCUCUAGCAAUUGCUCAGAGCUGACAUAUUUCUCAGCUUUCUUUUUCUCUGACUGGCUAGCUUCUUUGAGGUUUGGCCUGCCCAUUUUUCCUUUAUUUGAAGUUACACUUGGUCUGUUGAUAUGACAAACAGGGAAGAAUGGUUAUUUGAGUCUAUUUGAAGUUCCUGACCAAAGCCAGAAUGGGUGAUGAGAGACAAGUGCGGUGGAACAGCAGUUUGAAUGGGCUCAUGAGAAGCUCCAAAGGUUUGCUGUCAUUGCCCACUCCUGGCUUGAAUUGCCUCAAGAUUUGUACAUGCUUUUUGCAAGCAAUCUGUUAGCUCCUGCCCGAGCUCCUGCCUUAGGAAACACGGCUAUAAAGCGUGUUUACACUGUGCGUUCAUCUGUGUGGCACUGAACCACCCGGGUGGGCUGUAGCUCCCCAGGCUUUCCUUCCUGCUGCUUUGCAGUGUGCUCUGCUGGCUCACCUGGCUGCUAGUGCAAAACAUUUCCGUGGACUUGGAUUUUGUUUGUCACCUCUGGGCUUCAUGCUUUAAAUAGAAUGGGGGAGAAUCCAAACUGAAAAUAAACUCUAUGUCAUUCA